AUGGGGUUAUUCAGUGGGAGAGGAGAUCUGGGACUAGGCCGUAACAGAGCAUUCGCUGUCACAAGCGAAAACCGUGCAAGAAGCAUCUGCUUAUUGAGUUUAUCACAUAAUCAUUUGGAAUGGACAGAAGACUUGGAAGUGUUUAUCCUCAAAGGUUAUGGCAAUUCCUUAAACUACAAAAUGGGAUUUCCAUUGCUAGAAGUUGUCCUACAUUCGAUGGAAGAAGAAGCUAUCAAGGCCCGAGAAGAAAAGCUUCCACCUGGAAGUUACAAAAAGAAAGACUUAGGUUUGCACAUGUCGAAACAAUAG